CCAGAAGGCUAUUGGGCCAAGAGCGGGCGGGAUGCUAACUCGCAUGCGCGGUGGCGGGCUGAUUUGAUUCAGGCGGUGGCCGUGGAUUUGUGGCAGCGGCAAAAUGGAAGCGUCGGAGAAGCGUCGUGGCAGUACAGAAGAUACUCUUUCAAAGGACCUUGCCCAACAGAACUCUACUCAAGAAAACCAGCUUGGCUUUGAAGAUGGAAAAAAUGUUAUUGAGCCAUUAGAAAAUGUGCACAGCCAGGAGAAAAUGGAGGCUGAAUGUGUUGCCAAGCCUGAGGACAGUAUUGGUUUCACUUGUAGUAUCCAAACUGACCUGAGAGCCAGUUGCACUAAGGUGUUAGCAGAAACUGGCAAGAAAAGCCAUUCAAGUCUGAAGAAAGGGGCUUCCAAUUGCCCUAGCCUUAAAAAAGUAUCUCCGCAGAUUCUUGGUCCUGGAACAGGACAAGCUUCUACUUCAUUUAACAUAUCCUUUGGCCAGCUGCCUAACCCACGAGUCAUGCGUCGUUCCUUGAAUCGCUACAGUCAGAAGCUGGGUACUAAUCGCCGGAAGUCAUUGCCGCCUCUUCACAUGGAUGUUUCUGAACUGUGUAAAGCAAUCAGCCGGGACUUGCCAGAGGCAGACAGAGUGGUGGAGCUUCUCCUCUCCAGCUUCCGGUACUCUGCCCGGAAACUUGAGUGCUCCUUAAGGCAGGCUGAAGGUUUUAAUCCUGAAGUGUUUGAACAGAAAGUGAGCUUGCUUUCAGAAGAGCUGAAACUCUGCACAAAGAAACUGGAACUAGAUGGAACUCUACAGAAAUGCCUUGAGGACCCCCGAGGGGGUUUAUCAGAUCCUGCAUUGAACACAUUAGUGGCUGCCUUAAAAGAGACUAUAGUAAGGUUCUCUACAGAGAAUCGAGCUUGGGAGGAACUACUAUUGUCUUACCAGAAAAAUGCUGAGGAAAUAUCCAGGCAGCUACAGCAGUACAAGUUGAAACAAGUCCCAGAGGAGCCUUUUAGCUAUCUUGAGACAUCCCAGGCCCAUGUACUUCAGGCCAAGCCAAACUAUCAGAAAAUAAUGGAUUGUCAAGGAGAGGUCUUUGACUGCAUGGUGCUGGUGCUGGAUGAAAUUCAUCAAGUGGUGAAGGUUUGCCAAACUUAUAUGGAAGACAUUACACGGUAUCUCCAGAAGCUGUCAGUGCAACUUGCAUCAAGGACAUUCCAGAGAUUGGAACAUUCCCCAGCACGGAAACUGCUCAGACUUCCCCAGACAAAGCCACCCAUGGUUCAGCCUCCAGAGGGGUAGAGACAGCUGCAUUCUUCCUGAUGCAAGACCACUGCUGCUGCCCAGUUCUCAACAUGAUGCCUGCUGUGGUCUCCCCCCCCCUUUUUCUCUUCUAUCUACACUUUAGGGGCAAUGGUAUUCUUGCCCUGCAACUUAACAGAGUGGGGCAUAUGGAAAAUAUUUUCUGUCCUAUUGGUCAGAUCCUUGCCUGACAUUAAUAAUUCCAUUCUAUCAACCAAAUAGGAAGAAAAUGGUCCCCAUCCCCCAAUUUCAAUAAAGCACAGUGCACCCAUGCUGUAUGAUAACAUUUUUUUCUAGCAACAGUGCUGAUUCCAUAGGAGGGGGAAAGUUGUAUCUAGCUCUCAUUUUUCCUCUUGUAACUCCAAUUUUGACCUGAUGGAUAAGAACUCAGCUUGUUCGGCCUUGAAACGUGUGAUAAUAGCUGCAGAUCACUGCUUUCUUUGUGUAUGCAUAUAAUGAUGGAGAAUUUUUCUCCAUUGGGAUCUUUUGCAGGGGGUCCUUAAAAAAAAAAAUUGAGGACACAGGCUUGAAGCAAAAAGGUAGGCCUUUAUUCUUUACAAGCAUAUGCAGGGUCAGCCUCCCAGAAACAUCCAGGAGAGACUGCACUGAGACACUGUGUGCAAGCUCUUUUAUAGUGUACAAUUACAGCAUGUGACAGUGAUUCACCAAUCUCACGAGUUCCUGCCCACAUAACAUUACAGUUCCUCCUCUCUAUAAUCGUUCCAAACCAAUCAGAAAAUAUUAGGUAACUCCAGUGCUGAUUCCAAGAUUCUGUCCAUCUCAUUAAUAUCACCAUUGUCCACUUUGACUAAUGAAUUUUGGGACUAGCUGAGACUAGUUUCUGCCACACACUUGCAUUCUGCUAUUGUGAAUGUUCUUUCAUGCAUCUCUGUACUUUCAUUGCUCUCAUCGACCACCCUGACCCUACACCUGGAGAUAUUUGAACAGGUUCCUUGAGUUAAGUUUGCCCCAACUUAGAGUGCUUGGGAAUGUAUGAGCACCCCCAAUUCUAUUCCUUUGCUAUAGGGGUUCUUAUGUCCUUAUACUUUCUCAGAAAUCCCAUUUCUAAUGGUAAAAUUCUGAACUGUAGAGGAAAGGUUAUAAUUAAGGAGCUGGAAGUUCACUUAGUUAAGAAAUACACUGGGAAAUUCCAAAUCCAGCUCCUGUUUCUCAGUCUCAGAGAAAAUGGAAAAGGCAAGCUACCUUUACUCCCUUUUCACCAUGAAAAACACACUUUCUAAUGCUGUAACACACUGGAUUAUUUUAAAAUCAUUAUAAAAUCAUACUGUUUGUCUCAUUAUAACUUCUAUACAUGUUUCAUAAUUUCUCCCCUGGAUGGAGUUCUUGCUCUACACAAGAAACUUAUCUCCUUGGAUCAAAACCAAUUAUCAUAUUAAUCACUGCUUACCAGUUAUAUGCUGAUUGAGUUUAUACAAUAGACUAAUUAAUCACUUGUCAGUCAUGCACUGGCCGAAUUUGGCACCGGACGAAUUUGGCAAGGAAACAGGAGAUCACUGUGACCAUGCCUGGUUUGCUCACAGAUCCUGAUUGAGGCCUAUGGAAAUUCUCUGUGAGCCUGAAUCUCAGGGCCUCAAUAGGCCUGCAGUUCAAUGCUUAACUCCUUAUGAUUAUAAAACAUAUACCUUCUUAAUAUCUAUGAUUAUAUAUGUGUGGAUAUAUAAAAUUCCCCAUUAAUAACAUGAUGCCAAGAGUUUAGCCACAGAACCAAAAGUGGACAAAACUGUUCAGUACUCUCUCUCCCUCUUCAUUCAACUUCAUAAAUUCACAGGCACAAAUAUCCAUGUGGUCAAUAACCACAGACAGCUUAAAAAUGGGUCAUGGCACUUAGGUUGCUGAAGACAGCAGGAAGCAGACUUCUCCUAUGAGUACCGGUGAAAGGAAGGAAGAGGAGAACAAACACGAACCAGCAACAACAGUCUUUCUUGUCUCUGCAUGUGUGUGUGUGGGGGGGGGUCUCUCAGUUUGGUUCCUAUGCUUUGUGAGCAUUUUUGCACCCUUGUUUAAUUCCACUCUCUUCCUAAGAUGUUGAUUUGGUGUUGCAUGGUAACUGGCCUUUUGUAGCCCCAUUCACAGUCGCAUUUAAGUAAACAGGCCUAUUGUGUAGCCUUGGCUUGCUAGUACUAUCAGUGGCUAUUACAGGGUAUGAUGUCCUUUUAU